AUGGCACAUCUCACAGACCAGAAGGGAGACUACCCGAUUUUGGGACUUCACGUUAUGUCUUUCGAAGAUGCAACAGUCGUCAUACUCAACUACAACCACGUUCUCAUGGAUGGCGGUGGCUCUAAGGCCUUCUUGAAAGCAUGGACAAAUGUGGUCAACGGCAGGCAAGGCAAUGUCGUCCCACUGGCAGCUACCGAAGACGACAUGAUAGCCGGCUGGGUUGCCAAGACCGUUGCCGGCUUUCUGCCAGCCACCCGGCCCAUCAACCUGAUGCGAGUGUACGAUCUGCGCCGCGUCUUGACCAAAGCUGGCAUCUUGGAGCCUGAGACGGCACACGUUCAAAAAAUGUAUCAGGUGGCUUGGACCUUGACCCCAGAAGCAAAACAUUUGGCACGUGCGCCACUGGCGCGCCUGGACUCGGGCAUGACAUCGCUGUACAGAGAUCCCAAGGGCAUGAUAUUCACCGCCAACAGUCGCGUUAAGAACCAUGACUGCAGGAAGAUCGACUUCUCCGGGGCAGUCAAACGCACGUGUGCGGCUGAUGGAGAAGGGAACGCCGUGGAGGAGGAGAGGUUGCUGGGGGCUGGCAUGCGUGAUUAUGUCGAAGCGCUUGUUCAACUCCCAGACAUGGGACAACCCAACGUGCGAUAA